AUGCUGCGAAAGAAAAAGUCAUCGGCAUCAGUCCACAGCCACUCGCAUCCUGCAGCUUCGCAGCAGCAGAUGCAGCCGAUGCAGCAGCGGGGCCAGAAGCCGAACCCGCCGGUGCUCAAGUCAAAGACCUCGGCCUCGUUCCUCAGGACUGCCAAGGCCUCGCCGCUGGUCUUCCUCUCGGCCCACCGCAAGUCGGAGGACCACUCUCGAGACCAUCCAAAGCUCUUCAGCGACGACGACGACGACGAAGGCCUGGACCCUGGUACGGGCACUGCCGCUCUGGGCAUCGGCCACCUGGCCGGCUGCCACAUCCACCCGCAUAUCGAUGCCUCAAAUUGCUACCGUUGCUGCUGCCGCCACCGACGCAUGGCGAGUGCACCUUUCAUUCCCCGGAUGCUGGGGGGUCUCUAUCGGGGCAUCCAAGCGCUGACACGGAGGUUUGGCGAGGCUCGCUUGAGCAGCGACGACGACGACGACCUUCCACGGAGCCAUGUGUCGCUGUCGCCCGAGUCGGCUCCGUCAUGUCUCAAGUCCUCCAGCAACAUGACCAUCCUCUCAUCGAUCCCCGGCGAUGUGCCCGCCAGCUCCUCCGAGUCAUCGCCCAUCAUCCCAAAGCGCUCCGUCUUUUCGCCCGAGAAGAAACCAGCACCAAUGCCUGAGCCAGCACCGGCACCAGCACCGGCACCAGUAACUCCAAACCCCAAGAUCAGCAAGCUCUCCAAGACAUUUGCCCGGGUGCUCAACUCGGCCCGGACAAACAAGUCUGCGUCUCCAAAGGCAUCUUCGGCCGAGAGCGAGGCCGCUCGCGAGUCUCCCCGCUCCCACAACCCACCGUUGGGCUCGAGGCUGCCGCUCCAGCGACCCAGCGUGGAUCUUGCAGAGACGUCUGCUGAUGCUGCAUCUGCAUCGGCGCAGAAUGCUCCUCGGCAAGACGAUCUCGUUCGGUCCCGCGAGCCUCUUCGCUCGGCAGGCGAAGCCCUCAACCGCCGUCAGAGCACGGGCCGGAAACGUCUCUCUCUGCAUCUCAAGCCCGAAGCCCAUCUUUCCCAGCCCAGCAACCAGGGCCCCGACCCGGCUCCAUCAGACCACAAGCCCUUUUCGCUCUUUGGAACUCGCACGUCGCUCAGCCGGCCGAAAACGCAAGCACCCACGAUUGCUCAGAGCCCCAGCGCUGUCUCGGUGACGCUCGCUGGCACAGACCCAGCACCCUUAAACCCGUCAUCGAGCUCACACUCGUUCGAGCCACCGUACGGACAUUUGUAUCAGCACAAGGCACACGAUGCAGCCAGUGUCGCUGCAAGCUCUGUCUCUGGCGUCGAUGCACCUCCCCCGCCGACACAGCGCUCGGUCCGCAGCAAGGUGUCCAACUCGGGUCCACUCCGGCCUCUGGAUCAGUCCAUCCCGUCGCCGCCUGCGUCGAUGCCGACACACCGAGACCGCUCCAUGGAUGUCAUGGAGCUGGAGCAUGGGCAUUCUCAACAGUCGAUCCUGUCUCGCGAGACCGAUUUGAGCCAGCCGCCCCCGGUAGCUGCGCUGUCGCCGCCUCUGGUGCCUUCAGACGACCCCGAAGCAGUCGAGCAGCUCCGCUCAACCAUCCUGGAGCUCGAGGGCAAGGUCCUUCAGCUAAGCUCUGACCUGGCUGCUGCGCGAGGAUCAUACGAGGCUGCCUCCGACAAGGCCGACUACGCCGUGCGCGAGGCAGAUGAGCUGAGGAAUAAGCUCGAGCGGAGCCACGAUACCAUCGAGCAGCUGAAUCGCCGGCUGGAAGAAGCCCAGAGCGUCCAGGCGGGCCUCUCCAGCGAGAUUGGCAUGCUGCAUGACCGCUCGCGCAUGGACGUGGACGAACGAGUGGCCCAGCACAUUGAGAUCGUGAAGAUUGAGAUUGACGAAGCGCACCGAACGACAAUCGGAACACUGCGAAAAGAUCUGAGCAACCUGGAGACGCUCUAUCAGCUUUCCCAGCAAGAGAUCGAGGACUUUAAGGGCCAGCUAUCCGAAGCUCAGUUCCGCGAGCAAGAUGCCAACAUGCACUGCCAGCGACUCAUGGAGGCUAUCACAAAACUAAAGCAGGAGCGCCUGGAACUAUUCUCUCUGCUGCAAGCAGAAAAGUCCAAGACAACUCGGAACGAAUCGGACUUUGCAGCCUUCAAUCGCAAGUUUAAACUGCUGAGCGACUCGAACCAGCAGCUGAAGGAAGAAAACGAGCACCUGAGGGUCGAGCUCAGGCGCUACCAAUACGAGGUGGCAACAGACAACUCCGAUACGAAUGGGUAUUACCGCAUGCGGGCGGAGCAGCUGCUCUUUGACAACGAGAGCCUCAAGGCACUGUGCGAAGAAUACAAGCGCAGACUUGACCAAGAAGGCAUAUCGUCCGACCCGGGGACUUCGUCCGGAUUCAGCGGCAAGCACCGACCCUCGCUGAGCACCGACCGCUUGCGACAAGGCGACUUUGCCCCGUCGUCGGCAGCGGCUCCGUCCUUCUCCAAUUCGAUUGGGAGCAGCGUGGCGAUAUCGCAAAACGACCGUGCCGCCUUUGAUCAAAAGAUGAGCCGAUACGAGCUGGAGACAAUGGAGCCGUACGAGCCCAUGUCUUUGAGUGCACGUCGAUUUCUGGUGGACGACCAUGCGGGUCUGCCUGCGAUGCGAUCGGCGUGGUCGGCGUCUGUGGAGCCACCGGCGGUGUAUCAAUCACAGGUGCGACAUGCCGGCGGCCCAAGCGGCGAAGGAUACAAAAGCCAGCGAGGAUACACCACCAACGGGCAGUAUCAUACCGUCGGUUCGGUUGACGGUGUGGCGACGGGUCAAAACGAGAGCCAACACUCGACAGGCUCAGGCAAUGCCGACGAGCUCACCCGGUCCAAGGCAGACAUGCAGCGACACUAUGAAGAGCUUGUGCUCGAGAAGGUGAGACGAUUAUGGGAAGGAGCAUUUGCUGUGCUCGAGGUGUCUGUGUCGAUGGCGGCGGCACCUGGAUCCGCUAUUCCAAGGGCAGUAGCAGGAACAAGGGCAAUCACAUGGAGCACAUCCACUAAUGACGAUGGCGAUGAUGGCGAUGAUACAAUCCGACUCUGUGCUGGUUGGAUCCACCUGGCCUGUACGGCGAUGACCACACAACAGCAAAAGCUGACCCAAGAUCUCAGCAAAAUCCCGCCAACCGGCGGAUCGGGUGCGAUGCGACGGAAGCGCGAAGAGAUCGAGAAUCGGCUGGACACGGUCGAGAAGGAGAUCCAGAGCCUCAAGCGCAAGAUCAAAAGCACAUUUGGAUAGACGUGCGGCAAUCGGUCCAGAUGGACGAGAUGGAGGGCUGGUCGUGAUGCGACUUUCUUUCAAGGAGGUGGGAAGAGGCGCCCGAAAGGCUCAGGAAGCCGUGCAUAUUUGAGUGGCGAUGGGCUGACGCUGUCCUUCUCAUGAACACGUGUGGUCGAUCGUGGUGAAAGCCACCCUGUUUGAUGAAUAGCGAUGCUUGCGCUGUUCCUGUGCUGGCAGAAUGCGGAUGCUGGCAAUGAACGCUGAAGAUGUAGCAUGGGAUCGGAGAGAGUAAACGGAAUGGGAC